UGUUUUCAUUGAAGCUGCUUCUUCCCCCCGGUCCACAGAAACAGACGGGAGCGAUGGAGGAAGAGUUAAAAUGCCCCGUUUGCGGUUCCCUCUUCAAGGACCCUAUCCUGCUGCCGUGCUCCCACAAUGUCUGCCUGGCCUGUGCUCGGAACAUCACCGUCCAGACCCCGGACGGAGAGACCCCGGUGCAGAGCCGAGCCUCUGGCAGCUCUGACUACGACUACCUGGACAUGGACAAGAUGAGCCUGUACAGCGAGACGGACAGCGGGUACGGCUCCUACACACCGUGCCAGCUCAAGAGUCCAAACGGAGUGCGGGUGUUUCCGCCAGCCACCCACCCGCGACACUGCUCCCUCACCUGCCCGCUGUGCCACCGGAGCGUCUCCCUGGACGAGCGGGGGCUCCGGGGUUUCCCCCGGAACCGGCUGCUGGAGGCCAUAGUGACGCGGUACCAGCAGAACCGCCGCGCGUCCGCCGCCUCUUCUUCUUCCGCGGUGAAGUGCCAGCUGUGCGACCGCAACCCGGUGGACGCGGCGGUGAUGUGCGAGCAGUGCGACGUGUACUACUGUAACGCCUGCCAGCAGAGGUGCCACCCGUCCCGCGGUCCGCUCGCCAAGCACCGCCUGGUGCCGCCGCCGAUCCAAGCGGCGGGAGGCGGCGCGGCAAGCGGAGGCGGCGGCGCUCAGCCGCCUGCCACCGCGCGGAAACCGGCGACCUGCGUGGAUCAUGAGGCGGAAAACUUCAGCAUGUACUGCUACAGCUGCAAGAUCCCGGUGUGUAUGAAGUGUCUGGAGGAGGGAAAACACGCCAAACACGACGUUAAGACGCUGGCUAUGAUGUGGAAACAACACAAGUGCCAGAUCUCCCAGGCCCUGAACGGCGUCUCCGACAAAGCUAAAGAUGCCAAGGAGUUCCUGGUUCAACUCAAGAACAUGCUUCAGCAGAUACAGGAGAACGGCGUGGAGUUUGAAGCUUGCCUCGUGGCCCAGUGUGACUCGCUGAUUGAGGCGCUCACCAGACAGAAAGCCAAACUGCUCACCAAAGUCACCAAGGAGAAGGAGUACAAGCUAAAGGUGGUGCGUGACCAGAUCACCCACUGCACCAUGAAGCUACGUCAGACCACCGGUAUGAUGGAGUACUGCCUGGAAGUCCUCAAGGAGAACGAUCCAAGUGGAUUCCUCCAGAUCUCAGAUGCUCUGAUCAAGCGGGUGACAUCGUCUCAGGAUCAGUGGGUGAAAGGGGCCCUGGAGCCAAAAGUAGGACCCGAGUUUGACCUCACCCUCAACACCGACUCGCUGCUCCAGACCAUCCUGCAGCUGGACUUCUGCCAGGGCAAAGAUGUGCAGGAGAGUCCGUUAAUGAAACAAAUGCAGGCAGCAGACAGUGGUGAGGCUGAGAUGGAGACAGAAGGCCCCGGAGUAGAGCCUGGACCUGCAGUGCCGGCGGCUCCUCUCCUGCAGCUAGAGAAGUGCUGCACUAGGAACAACAGCGCCACCCUGGCCUGGAGGGUAACUGCGCCCCCUGCCAGCCCCAUCGAGGGGUACAUCCUGGAGCUGGACGACGGCAACGGAGGACAGUACAGGGAGGUGUACGUGGGGAAGGAGACGGUGUGUACGGUGGACGGCCUCCAUUUUAACAGCUCCUACAACGCCAGGGUGAAGGCCUACAAUGCCAUCGGUGUGGGGCCGUACAGCAAGACUGUGGUGCUCAAGACCUCGGACGUGGCUUGGUUCUCCUUCGACCCCACCACAGCUCAUCGGGACAUCGUUCUGUCAAAUGAAAACCAAACAGUCACCUGUAGCAGUUACGAUGACCGUGUGGUGCUGGGAACUGCUGCUUUUUCCAAAGGGAUUCACUACUGGGAGGUCAGCAUCGAUCGCUAUGACAACCACCCAGACCCUGCCUUUGGCGUGGCGAGGAUCAACACCAUGAAAGACAUGAUGUUGGGGAAAGAUGACAAGGCGUGGGCCAUGUAUGUGGACAACAAUCGCUCCUGGUUCAUGCACAACAACUCCCACACCAACAGGGCGGAGGGAGGCAUCACUAAGGGCUCGACCGUGGGCAUCCUGCUGGACCUGACCAAACACACACUGACUUUCUACAUCAACAAGGAGCAGCAUGGUCCGACUGCCUUUGAGAACCUGGAUGGUGUCUUUGUACCCGCUGUCAGCCUCAACAGAAACGUGCAGGUGACCUUAGUGACGGGCCUGGAGGUGCCAAAGAAUACCAAACAGUAGGAGAUCCCUCCUCCCUCCGAGCGCGCUGAGAUACAAACCAACGAUGUCAUAUGCAGUUCGCUCCCACGUGAACCUUAUCCAGUCACAUCAGAUGGGAUUUACCCGUCUCCCAUUCGUCUCAAGGUGCCCUUUGUCUUGGAUAUACUUCAGUGUGAAACCCUGCUCCAUAAUUUGCAACAAAGGAUUAAAAUCUGGGUUAUUAUUGGCUAUACAUGAUGAUUGAUGAUGGAUGUCACAACAGAGAUGACGGGACUUACUGUGGAUCGCCAUACUUUUUUCAUAUCCCAGUUUUUGCCCAGGAUACUAACACAAAUCUUAUUAUUCCAGCUUGUACCUUCCAGAAAUUUUAACAAAAAGGAAAAUGCAGCCUGAAACCUCUCCUGGAGGCCUGAGACUAAAAUAAUCAACCCUCUCACUCUGACAGAAUCAAUGGUAAAGACUCCCACACUGUGCAGUGAAAUGAUGUUGUGCUUCAGUUUCUCUAUUUGAGAUUUUCUGAGCUUUUUAACGAUUAAUUUAAAGUAUAAAAAUAACAUCACCAUCAGUUUUAAAAAGUCCACAACAACGAGGUGCUUCUGGGAGGCGAGGGAGAAACGAUUCAGCAGUGCUUAUUGAUGCUUCUCUCUCAGGUGUCUUUACAGCUGUCAAGGUAAAACCAGAUGAAGGGAGUGUUUUGUAGGGGUUGUUGCAGCACCGUGGGAUGUUUCAGUCAUGAAAUAUUUAAAAGCUACGCUUUCGGUGCACAUUUUUAUCCCAGUUGUGGCUCCAACAACACUACCUUCUCUGUUUUUUUACUUUUUCUCUAUUGCAUACAAAGUGGCAUAAAGAUUGUUUGGUGCUGCUGUCAAAGUGGUUUACACACUGAGGUCAAAAGCUGGGAAGGAUUGGGCUCAAUUCCAUUUCAUUUUUCAGUAAUGUGACAGAUCUGCUGUCUAAAUUUAUUUUGGUGCAAUUUUUUUUUGCAGUCAGUGGUGUCUUGAUUAGGAUUGUUUGGGGGAUUUUAAGUGGCUGUCAUCAUAAUUUUUGAAAAGGGAGAAAUUAAGUUGAAUUUCUGGUAGACUGGGAUUUCACAGUCACAGUUUAUUUACCCUACGUCUGUCUGCCUCAGUUGGUUGAAUAAAAGGGAAAGAUUCAGCAGAGACCAAAUGAGGUGAGCCGCAAACUUAAUUUUGCCUCCUAAACUGGUUAAAGGUUUACACUUUUUAUGGCGAUAGCCGUGGCCGGAAGCAUUAUGUUUUCGUGUUGUCCGUCUGUUCAUCCGUCCCAUUCUUGUGAACACAAUAUUUCAACUAUGCCUUGAGGGAAUUUCUUCAAAUUUGGCACAAAUGUCCACUUGGACGCAACGAUGAACUAAUUUGAUUUUGAUGGUCCAAGGUCAAAGUCACUGUGACCUUGCAUCUGUCUCAUUCUUGUGAAUGCAAUAUUUAAGAAGGCCUUACGUAAGUUUUCUCAAAUUUGGCACAAACGUCCACUUGGACUCAAGAAUCAACUGAUUAGAACUUGGUGGUUUAAGGUCAAAGGUCACUGUGACCUCACAAAACAUGUUUUUGGCCCUAACUCAAGAAUUCUUAAGCUGAUUAUGACAAAUUUUUACACGAAUGUCUAAUAGAAUAUAACGAUGAAGUGAUGACAUUUUAUAUUCAAAAGGUCAAAGGUCAACCUCACUGUGACAUCAUAAUGUUCUGCAAAAACA